AUGAAGUUCCUCAAUCUUCUCUCAGUCUCUUUCGCUCUGUCUAGCGCUCUCUUGGCACAAGCUGCCCGGCCCUUGGAGAACCUUGGCCGAGGGGUAGUAGCUGUGCGCACAAGCGACGAAGAUAUCUUGGUUACCUGGCGUCUUCUUGGACUAGACCCAUCAGGGAUUGGCUUCAACGUCUAUCGUGACACGGGAACCUCACCGAAAAAACUCAACGACGAAGUCCUCACAGGCGGCACCAACUUCCUUGACUCUACCGCUAAUCCGAAUGAAGUCAACACCUACUUUGUACGGCCCGUCAUUGGUAGCAAAGAACAAGAUACCAGCGGAUCUUUUAGUUUACCUGCUAAGAACGCGGUCGAGCCGAUUGUUCGGGUUCCUAUCCGUAGUGGUGGCGCUGUCAAGUUCGUCUGGGUUGGCGAUCUUGACGGAGAUGGCGAGUGGGAUUACGUCCUUGACAGACAGACUUCGCCCCAGACCAUCGAGGCUUACACCAGUAAUGGGACUUUCCUCUGGGAAGUCAGCCUCGGCCCCAAUAGCGAGAAUCAAAACAACAUAGAGCCGGGGUCAUCGACAAUUGACGUUGGUCAUUGGGAUGGUGUCACUGUUUUCGACUUCGACAGUGAUGGACGUGCCGAAGUUGCCAUCCGGAUCGCCAAUGGAGUUGUCUUUGGAGAUGGGAAGAUAUUUGAUGACGGGGAAACGGACAACCACCAGUCCAUGGCUAUUCUGGACGGGCGCACGGGGGCUCUUCGAGCCUCCGCCUCAGUCCCUACGGAUUACAUCGACGACGGACCCCUCGCCGCCCGUCUUGGUGCCGGAUUCCUGGACGGAGAGACACCUCAUCUCGUGGCAUACAUGAAGAAUCGCAUCGGAUCUGGUGAUUUCAACUUGAUGUAUGUGACCUGGACCUUUGACGGCACAUCUCUGAAGCAGAAGUGGAAGUGGAAUCGGGGCGACAAGAAUUUUCCCGAUGGGCAUAACACGCGCAUCAUUGACCUCGACGGGAACGGGAAGGAUGAGGUCCUCGAGAUUGGCUUUGCACUGAACGGAGACGGCACCGAGAGAUACACCCUCGGAGAUCAGGGUAUCAUCCACGGCGAUCGUUUCCACCUCGCCAAGAUUGACCCCGAUCGUGAAGGGCUUCAGGGGUACGGUGUACAGCAACGAAACCCAGAUCUCAUCUAUGAGUACUACUAUGAUGGCUCAUCUGGCGAGAUCAUCUGGAAACACGUCGGUGACAACGUGACCGACGUAGCCCGCGGCAUGAUCGGUGAUAUUGACCCCACCCGCCCCGGCAUGGAAGUGUGGUCAUUUUCAGGAGUUUACAACGCCAAAGAGAACGAGCUCACAGAGUCGGACACUGAGCUCGCCCCGUGGCCCCACUUGGGCCUUUGGUGGGAUGGAGACGAGCUACUCGAACUUUUCAACGAUGGCAAGUUUGAGAAGUGGGACUGGGAAAACCCCAGUACUUCCAACAGCCUUCCUCGAAUCUUGAGAGUCAGCGAUUUCGGCGGAGUAACUGCCGGCAGAUAUCCUAAUUUUAUCGGUGAUAUUCUUGGUGACUGGAGAGAGGAGGUUAUCGUCACGAAUGGAGCUGCCGAUGAGCUGCUCAUCUUCACGACUGACAAGCCGAGCGAUGUUCGCUUGUAUACUUUGGCUCAUAAUCCUGCAUACCGCAAUGCAAUGACUCUGAAGGGGUACAUGCAAUCUCACCAUGUCGACUACUUUCUCGGCAAGGAUAUGAAGAUGCCACCUCAGCCAAAUAUUCGAUACACAGUUGCGAAGUAG